AUGGCUGUGAAAACUAGCAAAGAUCAAGACCCAUCACCUGCUUUUUUGGAAACAGUAGAAGAAAUCACGAGACUCUUCAAAUCACUGCCAUCAAGACCCUCCAUUGAAGAAGUUGAAGCAGCCAUUUCUGUGAUCAAGACUGCCAACAACGAAGAGCAGGCGGGUCUUGAUGAUAUUUCAGAGCAAGAAUGUCCUCAAGAUGUCCCACAGGAGCUCUUCUCUGUGUUACAACAAGCGAGAAAGACCGUGGUGUUGUUUAAAAGCCACGAACAGAGAAAAGAGGCUCUUUACUUGGUUGAAGCUGAAAAGAUGUUUGAGACCUUCGAUGGGUUGAUAGAAAGAGCUUCUAUGCUGGUUUCUGGGGAUACCCAGAAGGAGAAACUGAUUUCUAUUAGUGAGCCAGUUGAGAAAAUUGAGAAACAAAGUGUGGUUAGUGAUGAGAGUUUGAUCAAGAAAAGAGAAGAUGGAGAAUUGGAGAAAGAUGGCUUCAACGGUUUAGUGAAGAGCUCUUCCACAAAGGCUGCUUUCUUUUCAGGUGAAGUGGACACUGAGAAACUAACUCUAAUGAAGGUGGCAGCCGUCAUAGAAAAUUCUGCCAAAACUGGAGCUGUGGUUCUUGAUCUUAGAGGCAAGUUGAUGGAUAAAAUCGAGUGGCUCCCUCUGUCAAUUGGGAAAUUAUCGAUCAUCACUGAACUGGAUUUAUCUGAAAACCGAAUUAUGGCACUUCCAUCCACCAUUGGUAGCCUCAAAGCCUUAACAAAGUUGGAUGUCCACUCGAACCAACUGAUCAACCUUCCUGAGUCAUUUGGGGAGCUAAUCAAUCUGACCGAUCUCGACCUCCAUGCAAACAGGUUAAGAUCAUUGCCAGCUUCUUUUGGGAAGUUGAAAAACCUUGAAAAUCUUGAUUUGAGUUCAAAUCAGUUCACUCAGUUGCCAGAGACUAUUGGGAGUUUGACCAGCUUGAAGAUAUUGAACGUGGAAACAAAUGAACUUGAGGAGGUUCCGUACACAAUUGGAAGUUGCACGUCAUUAGCGGAGCUGAGAUUAGAUUUCAAUCAGCUCAGAGCUCUUCCAGAGGCAAUUGGAAAACUUGAUUGUUUGGAGAUUCUUACUUUGCACUAUAACAGAAUUAGAGGGUUACCUACAACAAUGGGCCAUCUUUCCAAUUUGAGGGAACUUGAUGUAAGCUUCAAUGAAAUAGAAUUCAUACCUGAAAACCUUUGUUUUGCUGAAAAUCUCAAGAAAUUGAACGUGGCUAACAACUUUGCGGAUCUAAGAGCUUUGCCUCGAAAUAUUGGAAACCUUGAAUUGCUUGAGGAGUUGGAUAUAAGUGAUGAUCAGAUAAGAGUCUUGCCAGAUUCUUUUAGGCUCUUGUCAAAAUUGAGAGUUUUUCGUGCUGAUGAAACUCCACUGGAAGUUCCACCAAGACAAGUAACUGUUUUGGGCGCUCAGGCUGUUGUUCAGUUCAUUGCUGACCUUGUUAACAAGAGAGACACAAACCCUCAAUUGUCCAAGAAGAAGAAGAGGUUUUGGCACAGGGUCUGCUUAAUCUGUUGGCCUUUCCGGAGACUCUAA